AUGGUGGAUUCAAUACGAUCUCGCCCAUAUACAUGUUCGCGAUCUUGUGUCCUUUUCACUGAAUCAGUUGCAGUUGAUGAUGAUGAUGAUUCUUCACACUCAUGCUCUGCCAGUGGACAUCCUCCUGAAGCCUUUGAAAGCUUCAUUGAUGAAACACUCUCUCAAUUCGAAGCUGGUUUGAAUACAGCUCCUGACACGCUUGAUGAAGCUGGUUCUCAUGAAUUCAACAGUUCGGGCGAGGCAAUAUCAGACCAACAGAUGGAACAUCUCAAGAUGAUGCUUGAGAUGGACAAGGGGAAGCAAAGAGUCUUAGAACUCGAACUACAACUGGAAAAACUCCGUCAACAGAGAUUCUCUACAGAUCAACCUCAGAAUGUCAACAAUCAUCCUGUCAUCACAUCAACAGCCACAUGGAAUCCUAAUCUUGGUGAAAGAUUGAAAUUCAACCUUUAUGAACUGGAUAGCUGUGUUGGCAAGGCAAUCUCUCAAUUCAAGGAAGACAUCAAGAAUACUACCCAGAAUCCUCUACAAAGAGAUGAUGAAUGGGCACCAUUCUGGGACGCCAGAAACCGGUGGCUCUACACAUUCAUCUCGAACUCCUUGGAUGCAGGUGUCAGACCAUGUUUCUCCAAGUAUGAUGAAAAUCGGAUUGCUUAUACUCUAUGGAAUGCGAUUGAACAGGAAUACUCUGUCCCCAAAACACAGUUACGCCGUGAGGCAGUUCUGGAAUUCAUGUCUCUUGGUGACACACAGGUCAUCAAUCUACACACAUUCUUCAAUAAGUUUCAGUCCGCCAUCACGAAAUUGGAGAUGCUGAAUGCUUCCCCCCCAGAUGCGUGGAUAUUUGAUACCUUCUACUCAGUUCUACCCAACAAUUGGAGGAAUUAUGUUCAGAAGAAGAUAGAGGAGAUACAGGAUUCCAAAUCCACAGCUGUGGUAUUGGAUGUUGAUCUUCUCAUGGAGGAGAUCCGUUCACGGCUUGAUCCUCCAAAAGAUAAAAAGAAUCUGCAGAAUAUAGAUUCUGCAGUCAACACAGCUACAACAGCUACAACGGCCACAAUGACUACCAGCAACAAUACAUCGAAUCCGGCCCGUGGAGGCUACAGUGCUUCAGAUAAUUGGAGGAUCUACAACGCUGCAAGGAUAAAGGAAUUCAAAGAAAAGAAGGAAAAGAAUAGUGAGAGUAGAACCCAACUAUCCAUUACAGAUGGAUCAGAGACCUAUCAGAUGGCAAACCUCGCAGAGGUUAUCAAUGUGCCAGCCUGUUACAAGGAUCCCUCCAACGGGCGUUUAUACAUAUCAAAGAAUGUCAUCUUCCAGGAGGACCUCCAUCUUGCUGAUCCAUCAAUACCGACUACUCCACACAACCUGAAGGUCCUACCCAAUGCGGCCCAUAAAGCGGCUGCGGCGAUUCCUUCGGCGACAUCAGGCCUACUCACUGCAGCCUGUCAAGAGACUGCAGCGAUUCCUGAUCCAUCAAUUGAUAAUCUAUUCAUUGAUGAGGAAAUUCGACCUGAGUGUUCAUUAUUUCUCGUACCCACUAAUAAUUGGUGGAUUGACUAUGAUAUCUCCGCGAGAAUACCUACCUUUUUAGUGCAGAAUACACUGAACUCCCCGGAACCCACAGUUGAAUCUGAUGACCCUCCGACAUCUACAAGGGAUAUCACUACAGUGGGGGAAGCUUCAGUGGGGGACAGUCUUGAAGACCUACCCACCGAUCCCGAGAUCGCUGCACUCCCGAUCCCGAAAAACCUCACGCGCGCCAAAGCUUCCAUGGAAUGGAAGUAUUAUUACAAGGCCCGUGUUAAAGAGGUCAACCGUUUGAAAUAUACGCGUUGGAAAGAGAAUAUAUAAAGAAGAUAGGGGGAUAGGGGGAUAAAAAAUGAUGUAUAUCAUGACUGGUUUUUCAUUACUUC